GGCCUGACGGUUAAUGAUCCUAAUGUAUAUGCUGUAACAGUUGGAAUCUUAUACGGUACCUUUGCACAAUUGGGUAUAGAAAUCCAGCUACCCGGUACCAAGCCUUUCACAGCGACUGGUCCUGGAGAUACCGAGGCUUUGGUUGGCCAAAUUCUUAAAAUUACUAAAGACAAAGAGGUCAUUGAUAGUGGAGUACUCAAGUCAUUACAUAAAUAUUAA